AUGGCUAGGAAAUGGCAAAGAUUAGCAGCUGCCGGCAGAAGGAGAAUUUCUUGGUCAAGAGCGGUGGCUGAGAAGGGUCACUUUGUUGUUUAUACAAGUGAUAAUAAACGGUUUAUGAUUCCUUUGAAUUAUCUCAAGAGCCAGAUGUUCAUAGAGCUCUUAAAAAUGGCAGAGGAAGAGUUUGGAGUAACAAGUUCAGGGCCAAUUACGCUGCCUUGCGAUUCAAAUUUCAUGGAGUACGCAAUCUCUAUGAUCCAAAGAAAUGUCGCGGAGGACUUGGAGCAAGCACUAAUCAUGUCCUUAGCCACUUGUAGAUACUCUUCAUUGUCAAAUGACCACCAAGAUCAGACUAAUCAACAAUUAGUUAUCUGUAGUUAUUAG